AUGAUGUUAUUAUUAGCACUAGCGAACGGUAUGACCUCAGCAAAAAAAGCUUUCCAAGAACGAAAAUCAAAGCCAGCUAAUUCCACAAUAAAAUGCUAUUCUCGCAAGGACUUAAUAGCAAUACAAAAUAGUGUGCCAAAGGAGGCAUGGAUUCCGUACGUGAGAGCCCAAUGGGACACAGAUGAAGAGCCGUUUCAAUUGAACCAGUAUUUGCGCUGCUCUUUCGAAGAGCAACUGCGGCGAAAACGUGAGAUAGAACGGAAGCAGCGUAACGAGGUAAUGAAGAGUCGUCAGAAGACGCAGAUGGAAAAGCCGAAAUUACGAGCGUUUUCGCGAACAGGAUCCUCUACUCCUGUGGAAGAGGAUUCCUUUGAAAUGUUUUGUUCUCGGAUAAGCAACCACUUUACUCAAUUGAAAUCAACGAAGGAUGCUAAUAUUCUGCGUAUUGGAUCGGUAGUGAGUAUCAGAAUGUUUAUGACCAUGAGCUCAUCUUGCUCAAAGUAGGG